GGCCGCUGCAGCCGGACCAGCUAAAUCGCUCCGCCCUGCCCGGUUGCCCCCUCGACGGCCCCGUGCCUGGGGCGCUGCGGUCCCUGUCGCGGCUUCCAGCAGCCCAUCUUGAGAAUUAAUGCUGUAAAGAAACCCGAUGGGACCUCUCCAAACUGUCCCUAGCAGAUUCUUCUCCCAACUGCAUUGUGGGUUGAGAUCUCCAGCUGCCUUGGGAACCAAGAUUUGCCUAACGAUGGCUCGUCCAAGUUCAGAUAUGGCCGACUUUCGGAAGUUUUUUGCUAAAGCAAAGCACAUAGUCGUCAUUUCAGGGGCUGGCAUUAGUGCCGAAAGUGGGAUCCCGACUUUCAGAGGAGCCGGAGGUUAUUGGAGAAGGUGGCAAUCUCAGGCCCUGGCCACUCCUGAGGCCUUUGCCCAAAACCCGUCCCUAGUGUGGGAGUUCUACCACUACCGGCGGGAAGUCAUACAGCGCGUGGAGCCGAACCCCGGGCACUUCGCCAUCGCCAAGUGUGAGGGCCGGCUGCGUGAGCAGGGCCGCCGCCUCACGGUCAUCACCCAAAACAUCGAUGAGCUGCACCGCAAGGCUGGCACCAAGAACCUUCUGGAAAUUCAUGGUAGCAUAUUUAAAACUCGAUGUACCUCUUGCGGAGUUGUGGCUGAGAAUUACAAGAGUCCAAUUUGUGCAGCUUUAUCAGGAAAAGGUGCUCCAGAACCUGAAGCACAAGAUGCCAGAAUCCCAGUUGAGAAACUUCCCCGGUGUGAAGAGGCAGGGUGCGGGGGCCUGCUGCGACCUCACGUAGUGUGGUUUGGAGAAAACCUGGACCCUGCCAUUCUGGAAGAAGUUGACAGAGAGCUGGCCCUCUGUGACUUAUGUCUAGUGGUGGGCACGUCCUCUGUGGUUUAUCCUGCCGCCAUGUUUGCCCCCCAGGUGUCGGCCAGGGGAGUGCCGGUGGCCGAGUUUAACAUGGAAACCACCCCGGCCACGAACAGAUUCAGGUUUCACUUCCAGGGGCCCUGUGGCACAACUCUGCCCGAAGCCCUGGCUCCUCAUGAAACUGAAACGGUUCCUUAAUUGCUCUGGGGAAGGAAGAUAUUAUAGUCCAUCUCAAUACCAGGCCUCAGAUAGAGGAGACGCAGUCUUGUGGAUGUCAAGCUAAAUACUGGAGAUCUAAAAAUACCCUGUGAUUUCCUGUCUGGCACCCAACCUGUGGAUGACUGAUAGGGCCUUAGAGGUAACAAGAGCAAAUGUAGUUACAAGAAGUCAGAGAACUGUAAAGCUGAUGCAUGUUAUUUGGCUUGAACUUAAACAUAAGAUACCUCUGAUGGGUUUGGUUGGUUAUUGGGAGGGGGAAAAUUCUAAGUUGAGUGUCUUAAAAAUGUAAUUAUGCCAUUUUUGCUAUUUGGCAAAGAUGGAAGUCGACAGGUAAAAACCUUGAUAUUUCUGACUUUUGCACAAGUUUGGAUAGAAAAUAAAAUCACUCUCCGCAGUAAACAAUGUGUUGUAUAAAGA